GUGGGGUCAAGCUCGUAUGAUGGUGUUGGACCCCUUCUACCAGCGGCCGCCGAGUCUCAUGAUGAAUGACUUCAUUGUGGACAACCUGACUUGGGUUGGACAAGGAAUGAGGCCUCAAUGGAACACUCAACAGAACUUGGGUGGAUUUUGGCAAGGGUUGACCAGAUACCAGAUCAAGGACCCGACAGAAUACAAGAUUCCUUUCGACGCUUGGAUGAAGGGAAGACAUCAUGCUGAGCAGAUGUGGAGAGACGGUCAGAAAGCUGUUCAGGCUUUCUUGGAAAUUCGAGAGGCUACAGGUGCAGGAGGAGAUUCACAUGCGGCAGCAGACAUCAAUGUAGUUCAGCAGGAGCUCCAGGAAGUGUUUUUCAACUUUGUGCGCUUUUCAGAUUUGCCUUGUCCAAAUCAGCAAUCACAGCAUGCCGGCAUCAAAGAAUUGGUGGACGAUCCGGAGGAUCUUCGGGAUGCCCAACAACCUGAGACAGGCAAGGUCAGAUUGGAGCUGAAGUGGUCAGAUCUAUCACCGGCAUGGCAGAGGGCAUUUGAGCAGCCGAUCUUGGACGCCUUGGCUUCAAGCAUGACGCGUUGA